AUGAGACCUGUGCGACAGGCUGGGGGUUUUCUGACUCAACAGGAGCUGCUUCGCUUCCCGCAUAAACUCAUUCGAGACAUCGCCUUUGUCGUCUUCUGCCCGCCGUUACUGCUCUCCUCCGACCAAGUACGCUCCCUUGGCCUUGUAUCCUCCACACCUUCUAAUCUCCCUUCCCGCAGCUGCCGCCUUGCCAGCACCAAGCCGCCAUUUGCUGUGCCUGAGACAAGUGGUGGUCCCACACGUGUUGGCCCACAACUCUUCCUCUCUUCUCCCCCUCUCCUCCCUCUCCCCCAUCUCCCCCUUCUCCCCCCCCUCCCCCCCUCUCCCCCCUCUCCUCCCUCUUCCCCCCUCUCCCCCCUCUCCUCCCUCUUCCCCCCUCUCCCCCCUCUCCUCCCUCUUCCCCCGUCUCCCCCCUCUUUUCCUCUCUCCCCCCUCUGGUUCCGCCUGUUACCAGUGGGGGACCCACACGUCUUCGCCAACAGCUCUUCUUCUCUCUCCCCCCUGUUCCCCCCGUCCCCCGCCCCCACCCCUUACCAUUCCCCCCUGCCAGUUACCAGUGGUGGACCCACACGUCUUCGCCAGAAAUUCGUCCCUCCUAAUGCCCACCACCCUCCCCUACUCCACCUCGUCCGAUCACCAUCCUCAGUACACUAA